GCGCAUGCGCGCGAGUACACAUCGGUUUGGAGUUGACGGAACUCGCGCGCAGCUGUCCAGCAACCCAGGUGUUAUUGGUGUUAUGUCGGUUGUCGCGAGCAUCGCGAGUGAGCUCGAGCCCACUUUGCGUUUGCAUUUUCGCGCUUCGCUUCCCCACGGGGACGAGUGCUGACUGAAAACCUCCAUCGCGGCGUAAUGCCAAGUUCUCUCUCGAAUGGUGCACAGUUUGUCGCCGCGGCGUAGUGACAUCCCGCGACAGUUAUGUUCACAACGCUUCCUGACAGCGGUUGCCAUGGAUUGUCGUCCAAGCCACUUUGAAACAAAGCCAUGGAUCUUGUUGAACCUGAAAGGGAGUGCCUGCAGUUCUACAUUGACCCUGGUGAAGUGCCACAAGAGUUGGCAGGUGCUGUCCAAGCAAUAAAACAGGCGGCCGAAAGUGUCCUGUUUCGGUGGAAGAAGUUUCCCCUGCGCCUGCCAGCGCCUGUCUUUGAUCUUCCGCCUGCCUUGCUCAGCUCCGAUGGAGAUGGCCGCAAGACUCGCACGACCAGCCUGCGGGACGUGUUCACAGCACCAAACUUUGAUGAGGCCGAUGCCGUGGUGCGGGACGCCAAGGGUCGGCCACCUAAGCUGGACCAGACACAGCUGCGCUCCAUCCAGGACCAUGGGGAGUUUGAGGUUGGCAGUCGUGUUUUCCCGGGAUGCACCCACCGCUGGCGGCUGAGCCGGGCAGUCCAGAGUGGCCGGACAGGCACAUGGCAGGUGCUGCUGCGGGAUGUGGCACUGGCCCUGCGCCUGCUGCUGGUCACUGCUCGCAACCGCCUCAGCCACCCGCACUUCCUCAGCCUCUGGGCUGCAGGAGUCGCCCUCGCGCGAGCCUCUUUCUUGCUUCUAGAUGCCCUGGUAGGACUGCCCUCGGUGUCAGCCACUCUGCUGGUGUCCAGACUACAAGAGGAACGGGUCAAGCACCUUGUUGCUGAGCUCACCAUCGAGGCGGAUGCAGAGAACCAGCUGGAGCAGCUGUGCCUGUUUGUGCGUUACCAGAUCAAGAAGCAGACAUUUGAGAAGUGCCACAUUGGGGAGGAGAGGCUACCAACUGUGCCUUACGUCUACAAGACACCCAAGGGCCAGAUGAUCGACUUGCGUCUCUACAAUGCUGAGCUGCUGCGAAGUGCCAUGCCUUUUCUGGUGCACAUCUUGGAGAGGGAGCUGCGCGGCUGGUUCCCUGCUUUCCGGGAAGCCCUGGUGGCCAAGCUUAGAGCAAAGAAACUUUCUGACAGCGACAUAGAGAAGCAAGCCAAAGUGGCCGUGCAGGACGAGUAUGUGCGGCGUGUCUCGGAGGCGGUGGGUCGUGACCCAGCCCUGGAGAGCCUGGCGCCGGGCCUGGGCCAGCUGCUCGCUGAGCAGGCCCAAGCAGCUGUGCUCAUCCAGCGGGCUCUGGAUGUUGUGCACAACCGUACUGCGCACUACGUAGCUCAGGAGAAGGAGCGGCUACAAGCAGAGUUUCCCGUGCUCUCCUUGAUUGGACCAUGGCUGCGCAGUCAGCUUUAUGAAGUUCAGUGCCACCUGGAACGCGAGCACUGCCUGGAGGCCCACGAGACGGCGCUGGCACUGUGCCGGGAGCGGGGCCUUGCCCAGGCAGCUUACUUUGUGGCACGCGACCUGUCCUUCCUGCGGGAACAGGCCCCUGCACUGGCUGCCGAGCUGGCGCGGCUGCGUGCUCCCACCCGGACGUUCACCUGGCAGACACAUGUGUGGAGGCCCUCCCAGUGGCAGGUGCGGCGUGUGGGUGGCCCCUCGGGCCCGGAGCCAACAACAGGGGACACCCUGUUGCUGGGUGAGCGUCCCACAUACGUGGCUGAGAAGCAGAACACCCGGCUCACCUCGACACGGCUGCCCCUGUGGCGCUGGGGCAACUUCUGCCACCGGGUUUGGGCGCACACCUGCAAUGCCAUGUUCCUACUCGGGAUCCUGAUACCGUGGUGCAGUCCCCUGAGCUUGCGCAGCCUGGUGCUUCCCCGUCCGUUCAUGUCAGAUUUCGAGGUCAACCAGGAAGACGGGAGACUUCAGCCGCGCAAGUCGUCUUCUACGCAGACACUUUGCUCCCGACUACUGUCCCUUUGGAGGCACAUCUCCAAGUCAAGAACAGACUUUGAAUCUCAACCAGACUCUGGCUUUGUGGGCAAAGGGCUGAGCCGGCAAGUGAACCGUGCCUGGAACUACCUUGUCAAGGGACUGGUGGGCACGGUCCUGCUGGUGCUGGUAUUCCCCGUGCUCUCCUUGGUCGUCUGCUUGACAUCACUCGUGGCGGCACUUCUGGCACCCCUCUGGAUGCCGUGUGUCAUGCUCGCCUUCCACCUGCUGAUGGUGCUUGCCUAUGACUUCGACUCACCAAGCCCUGAGCGCAACCGCAUCUGUGUGCUGGGUGAGGCCAUCCUCUGGCAAGGGCUGGUGCUGGGUCUCCUUCAGCCAAUCGCAGCGGCCGUCAUAGCCCUGGUGCUGUGUCCCAUAGCAGCUGGCUUCAUUCUUUUGGUUGCGGUGCUUCGAUGGGGAGCGGUGCGAUGUUGGGAUGCGCUGCUGUUUCAUGGUGUGAUCAAGCGCCGAGCGCGCGUGCCUGUGGGUGACAGCUGGAUGGUGACCCGUGUGGCAGGACCUGGACUUUCACAGGACCACCUUUACCAGAUAAGCCCAGAUCAAGCCCUAGCAGCGUUCUUGGCCAAAGUUGAAUUGGAACAGCUCUCCAUCUACGGGCAACAGACAGAACAGCAAAUAUUGGAGCCUCUCAAGGCCUAUGACCACUUUGUGGAGCAGUGCUUCAGUCCCUUUGCGUCCACCCUAGCACGAGACAAGAGUCCCUACCGGGACCUAGAGGCCGAGCUGAACAACAUGGUGUCAGCGCUCAAGGCAGAAGUGGACAAGCGCAAGCGUGAACUGCAACUGGGCCUGGGCGUGGGCUGCCGCCAGCGGACACGCAUGACGGCUGCGGGCCUGCACUCUGCGCUGGUCGCAGGGUCCAGUUUGGCCCAACAUCUGCUGCCCCAGCUACCCUCAGCCCACUGGCAGGACCGGGGCCUCGAGGAGAAGGACUGGCUUGGCCUGGCAGCCCAGCUCUACUCUGAAACAUUCUCGCCUGAGUUCUUGGUGCCCCUGCUGGAGGAUGAUGUGGCAUUUGCACUUCAGGUGGUGGAUGUGGAUCUGACAAAGUACAGAGAGCUCGCACAGACACACGGAGCUGUGGACCUAGACACCUCCAGGGUCGUCCACCUUCCCAAAGGAAAAAUCCACAUACACACUCCUUACCUGGAUCCAUCUGCAUUCAACCCACAGUCAUCGACAGCUUCCCACACAACCACAUCCAAAACAAAAAGGGCCCCAUGGAAGCGGCAGGAAGGCGGCAGCGAGCGGCCAAGUCUUCCCCCGGCUGUUCCCCACCCAGCCAAGAUUGCGCUGAUCAUCUUCAACCGUGAGAACGAAGACCCGAUACCAUUGGACUCGGAUGCCUGCCAGCAGGUCCUCAAGGCUGUCUACAGUGGAAGCAGCACUGCACAGCCCGUGGGGAGCAGUGGAGCCAGCAGCAGCGGCACGCCUAGCAUCCAGAUGACGCCGUCGGCCGAAGACGUCAGCCUCGAGCCGCAGGGGCAGAGGGCGACGUACACCCACGGGGGCCCGCACAACAGCACUUGCGUAUGACAGGCAGCCCCUGGCGACUUUGGUCGGGCAUGACGCGGUUUGUCAUCUCCAGCUGCAUGACGCUGUUGCGACCUGCAUCUUUGCAUGCAUACGAGCUGUGGCGAGUUACGCGUACUUGAAACGGCUUUCGCCCAGUCCGCUUAGAAGGCCCAGUGGGAUUCUUCUGCAGCCACUUGGGCAACCACAGGAAUGGCACUUACCUGCCUGAACACCAAAUUGACAGCUAAUUUUAGCGUUGAACAAGUUCCACAAGCAGCUAGCAUUAGCAGCUAGUUAAGGUAUAAUGUGUUGUGAACAUGUCCCUAGCAGGUCAUGCCAAGACAGAGGAUAGAAGGAAGAUAUAGAAUUGAAGAAGUGAUCAACAGUGCUUGAACAAGGGUUGUUGCUGGAGUCAGUGUCACAGCAAGUGAACUUCGUCAGGGUAACAGCUUGUACAAGCUGUAGUCCUGAUGAAGACAAGUCCACCUGUCAGAAGCAUUGGCUCCAGAAACGUCCUGUGUUCAACGACUGUUGAUCGCUAGAGGAUCAUGUUUAUUUACAACAUGUACAAAAGUGGGGCAUUGUCCUUUUAAAAGUAGGUUUGUGAAUCAUUGCAAUGAAAACAGCUCUUCAUGAAAAGCAGUAAUUGCCGAGUGAGAGCAUUGUUUGAAUCCCUCCAGAAUUGGUCUCUCGACAGCUACCAGAUAGAAUGUCGAAAGCUUCCAAAUGUGACACGAAGUGCACUGCAUCGAGUGCAUACGCAGACCAGUAUGUUUUCUCAAGAAUGUGCCCCUUCUUGUGGAGCUGUGCUGGACUUAAUAUCAGCACGCACAUCAGACUGUUCUGCUUCUGAAAUCAGCGAUCCACGAAAUAGUAAAGCUAAAGUGAUGAGCCAUUCCAGAUUCAUGUCAGCGCAUGUGCUGGCUGAAGCUGCAUGGUGUGGCGCAUGUAAAGCAAGACCUGAAUCUCACCAUCAUCACAGUAUGCACUGAAAUAAGUAACUGUGUCAUAUAUGUGGAUGAAAGCACGGCUGGGUAUGCUGCCUUGUUGAAGGGGGCACGUAUUGCUGCUGAUACAGUUGUUUCCUUUAAUUCAAGAUCAGUUAAUCUGAUCUGCAUUUUAAUUUCACCCUGUACUAAUGUCUCAGGAGGAAACCAUGUUCUUUACGUGCUUUCAAUUUUAACAUCGGUUCGUACGAUAAUCCAAACCAAUUUUUCAUGUCUCGUCACAUUUGAAGUUCACUGUACUGCAUGUGGCAACAGGUAAAUAGUCUGAAGGCAUUGCCUCUGAAUAUAGCUCAUUUCACAUGUGCUCUUGCAUGAUGGCAAACAAAACAAGAGAUCCAUGUCAACUUAAGAGGCAGCGUUUGUACUAGUGAAUGUGUGAUAGAACAUUUUCACCUUUGUCAAGUUGGUGGUGUGUUCGGCCAGGCUCUCGUUGUACAGAGCUUUGUGAAAUGCAAAGAACAUGCAACAGACGAAAGGAUGCAUACUGUCUGUAUGGUGUUGACACAGGCUGGUGUUCACUACUUUGGGCUGUUAAGACAGCUUGCACCAAGUCAAGCAUUUCUUUCUCUCCCACACUUUUAUUUGAGUUUGUAAUCACAGUCGGCACACACUUUCAAAUGAUGUGUCUUCAUGUGUGAGUAGGUAGUUGAAGAAUACCCGUCUGCUUAUUUUUGUUCUGCCUAUGUCUGCAUGAUGAGCCGUGCAUGCAGAUUCUAGUUAGUGCAAAUAAAAAUGAAGUUGCUGGCACCGUCUGGCUACAAAACAUGCCGUGUAUAGCAACAACCGCAGGGAAAGCGCUUCCGGUGUAUUUUUGGCAUGGUGUCACCUGGAAUCACGAUGCGCAAUGGCCCCACCCUAGUGCCAGCCAAAAUGUGGUCCAUGUGAUUAGUAACUGCAGUUAUUUUUUUCUCACAAGAUGAAAUGGGUGCACCAACAGUCUGUCUGAAAUGCAUUGCAUGCCACCUGACACCAGUGGUUGUAGUUUCUGCCAUCAAGACAGUGUUCACAGGAUGCUGGCGCUAGAACAGAGUUUUAACUUUGCAUAAUGUGCGAUGUGUUACCGUGAUACAUUAGGGCUACAGCACAUGUGUCACCUCUUCAUGGUAGCACUGUAGACUAGCCAAGAGAUUAAUAUUCCAGCAUACCGUCAUUGCGUACCAUGCUAGACCAGAUAAUAAUUAAUGAUGUAGUGAAGAAGUACACUUUUAGCGUUUUCCUGAUUGGUGACACAUCAGCAACACUAAUGCUGUGCUGCUACCUGCUAGGUCUAAAUAGACUUUCCAGACUCCAUUCAACCUCUAUACGUAUUCCUAGCUUUCUGAAAACAAAGAACUAAUCUCAAUAAUACGGCCAAAACAUUGCUUUGUCAUCAGCGUGACAUGAGGCUAAGAAAUGGCUGAUUUUGCCAUUUAUUUCUUGUUUUCGUGACAGAGAGCAAGUAGCAAGGGCAAAUUUGGAUCGAAGUGGGUGGUCUCAGCUAUCUGGGAACUGCUGUGUUGUUAUGCAAUCAGAGUAAUCGGUGGUAGCCAUGAUAAGUAAGGUCUUGAAUGAGGGCUAGUUGGUUCAUAUUUAGAACUGAGGUUUAAACAGCGCGAAUAAAACAAGGACACGAAGAAACAAAUACCACAGACAAGCGCUGACUGCCAACUAGAAGUUUAUUUGAAGUUCUUCAGCCAUUUAUACUUUUUCCAGCAUAGGCAUGCAUACACCAGUCACAUAAAUAUCAGCAAAAUCAGCAACAUCCUAAUCUUUCAUGCAAAAAAGCUAUUUCUUUCUCCGACGAAGCGAGAGAGGUAAAGCUUACACAUUUGUCUCCUUCGUCACAUUUGUCUCCAUUUGUUUAUGUGACUGGUGUACGCAUGCCUAUGCUGUAAAAAGUAUAAAUGGCUGAAGAAUUUCAAAUAAACUUCCAGUUGGCAGUCAGUGCUUGUCUGUAGUAUUUGUUUCCUCGUGUCCUUGUUUUAUUCGCGCUUGUUUAGACCUCAGUUCUAGUCAUGAUAGUUGUCCACGGUCUAGGACAAACAUGUGCACUGGGCCUAACAUAUCACAGUAACAUGUUGCAUAUCACACAGAGUUAAAGCUCUGCAAUGUUCCACACUGAAGAACACACAACAUGAGUUUUAAUAAGGACGUUUAGGCAUAUCUCAGGCACCAACAGCACAAUGUUUGAGGGUGCACCGUUUGUGGUUAAAAUAAGCACUUGUACUCGCAUGUGUUUCUUCCAUAUCUUGUCCAAGUCCAGCAUCGAGAUUACUUUUUUGUUGUUGCAAUGCUUAUUGCAUUGAGCCAGAGUCUCUUGUGGAAUCAGAUGCCUACUUUGUUGCUUUAUAACUUUUGCCUCAAACUGUCGCACCUUGGCAGGUGAAGCAUGUUUCAGCAGGCACUGUGCCAUUUUUCUCAGUAUUAACAACAUUGUGAGGUGGUCUCGCUUUAUCCGUCAAUGUGAACUGCACGAGCUCUUUAUUUUUGUCCGAGUGAGUUGACCACUAAUUUUAGUAUAGUGAAUGGAGUCCUUCUUAGAUACUGUGCAGCUUGACAACUUGUCUAUCCAAAAAAGAUUGUACAUUUUUGUCCUGGGAAAUAACAAGAUUUGGCCACUGUUUGUCUAGUUAGUCAUCCUCGGAGGCCAUUACUAAAAAUUAUCAAGAUAUGCGGAAGGGGCGGUACACUUGAGAAGUUGUAGCGGUGUGUGCAGGUCCAUUGCCACUUGUGUUUGAGAGCAUCACUCGUCCAACACUUUUUUUUGUGCUGGUGAAACUAUUUCUAGCUGCCUGGACACACUGUUCCCGAAUGCUGCACUGAGGUAGUUUGGUUCUUACUGCAUAGUAUAUUUUAUGUGUAUGUGCACAAGCCAGCUUAGCACCUAGAAGUUUGUUUCUGGCUGUGCUUCGUGCUGUUGAAGUGGACUAACCGUAACUGUAAUUUUGCACUCAUUAUAGCAACAUUGAUGUGUGGAUGACUGGUAACUGAAUGUGUUUCGUUCGUACGAUAAAGGAACAGGUGCCUAGUUGAAGGAAGUGCUUGUCAGAUCUUCGGUGCUGCCUGUCCAGGUAGGCCUGCUUGUCACUGCCAUUUCCAGCAUUUUGCACUAAAAGCAAAGUUGGGCUAUUGUUUACCAUGAGCUUGACCCUGACUGCUUGUAGCAAAGUGCUGGGUGCUGCUUACUGGGCGUCUUCAGUGAAAAAAGCGGAUAGGUUGGUGACAUUUCCCGAAUGCUGUGUGUGUGCAUGCUUGCGUGUGGCGCAUGAGUUUUGAAUGGGCUCUUUUUUUCUCGUGUGCAGCGAUUCUGGGUUCAUUGAUUAAGAGCAAAACAAUGAUGGGGCCUACUGAUCGGAAACUGCGAUAGUUCUGAGAAGUGGCACUUUCAUGUCCAUGUGCAUGAAUUUGUCUGCAAUUAGAAGGUCUGGAAGUGGUGGCUUACCUGGUAGUGUUGGACCUGAAAUGAAAGUACAUGGCACUGGAAAAGCGUCUUCUGCUUCUUGUUUGGAGCUUUGAAGCUGCUUUACAGCAUUUAUUUGGCAAUUGGAUUUGUCCCUGGGAAGUGUUUCUUGUGCCUAUGUCUCAGCCACCCAUCUUCGUGUGGUCAGGCAGGAAUAAAGCUAGACCCUGCUGCAGACCAGGAAUAUUUUGCACUGUUGGUUACGUGAUUUUGCCUUUGCUGAAGUAAUGUGAUUCCACCUUCAAAUAUGACAUAAAUUGCUAUCUUCUCGUCAUUCCUCACAUCCUGUGGCAAAAUUGUUUGUUGGACCAUCAACAGUUAACUCAGUAUUAAACGCUCUUCUGUAAGUUUUUUGUUUUGCUCUUUUUUAUAAGGAAAAGACAUUAUACUUUAAAAAUGAUUAAUCGUGCAGAAGGAGAAAGAGACUUGCAGCACUUAAUACACAGAUGCUGGCCUUUGGUGAUGCUAAACAUUCUUAAACAUUCUUGAGAGCUGUUCAUUUGUUUCAAGAAAGCAUUUUCUGGCCCUCACUUAAAAGGAUGCUUUAUUUACUGUGGACAAAUCUCUCAUCCAAAUGCACAGAGAAAUAAGAGCUCUCAUCAGCCAACCCCCUGCAUUAUUUGCUUCGAAAUAUAUUUUAAAAUUGGCUGUUGUAUACCACUGCUCUUUUUUUUAAUUAUAAUUUUGCAGUGCAGGGCUACGGGCAGCACAAAACAGAUGGGAAAAGAUGUUAAAUUGCAGAAGGGAAGGGACCACCAUAUGUCCUGGCAUAUAUAUAGACUAUUGCAUCAGUAACAGCGCCAGAUAUGCAUGACUGUUUCGGCUCAAUAGCUGGCUGAUCGCCACUCGAAUUUCAUACAGAAGUUCCAUUUUGUAUGAAGUCUAGUUUGAUACCACAUUUAUGGGCAUUACAUGCCAGUUUUGUCCACAGGAAAUUUGAUGCUCAUAUUGUCUGAAACAACGCCACUCAAAACAUGGUGAUUUUGCUGCAAUGUAACAGUGGCUCCAUCUAUCACCGCUAUGGCAAAACGCACACAUGAUAUGCCACUGGAUGGGAUUGAGGAAGGAUAAUUUAUUGUGUGGAUGCUUUUAAAAUGUUUUCUUUGCAUAUAGUUUUAUCUCAAUAAAAAACUCUUCUUCCCUGCCUCUACCCAUCCAGCGGCGCGUUGCGUGUACUGUGUUUCGCCGAAGCGAUGACAGAUGGUGCCACCAUUUCGUUGCAGCAUCAUUAACAGUGGCGUCUUUUCAAACAACGCGAACAUCAGAUUUAUUGUUAUGGAACUGAUAAGCAAUGCCUGCAAAUGUGGUAUUAACCAAAAUUUUAUGCAAAAUGGUACCUCUGUGCAAAAUUUGAGCGAAGAUUGGUCAUUGGUUUAACGGAAAAAGUCAUGUAUACCUGGAGCCAUUAUUGACUGCAGUGUGCCAAAUUUUGAAAUAGAAAAGUAUAUGCGCAGUUGUCCCACUGCAGUCAUGAAAACAGCCACACAUAUCGAUCUGCCAUUAUGUUGCACAUAGACUACAAUCUCCGUUACAUGUGGUUGUGUUACUCCCAAGUGAAGUCCACUAUCCGCCAUGGGGCAGUAUUCUUGGGCGAUCAGUUUCGGAGAUGGCUUCACAUUCGCGAGAUUUUGUGAAACUAGGCACUGGAUUUGGGACCACAGUUUGAGAAAAGCUUGAUCACAGGAUUCACGAGAUCAAAAUCUCCUUAAAGCUUGUUUCAAUCAUGGCAAAGGGACCUCUGCCCAUAUCUUGAGAGUUGAGAAAGACCUGUUAAAAUGUCUGUUGAUGUUUUCAGAGUGGAACAGGCGUAAUAAAAUGUGUGAACAUUUGAAAAUUUCCUAUGGUGUUCGUGAGACAGAUAUUUUGUCCCUCCAUGUGCUGUAUCAGGUAUAGUUUUGCGUAAGUUCUUGCCUCUGUUUAUAUGAAAAAAUGUGGAGGACCUUCUUAUCACGCAACUACAUUAACAUGAAAUGUCUUGAUUUUUGACAAACUCUAAUAAACUAAAAGGGGACAAAAUAAAAGUAUUGCUACUGUACAUCACUAUAAUGAACUUCCUCAUUGAAAUGUUCCAGGUCUUAUGUGAGCUUACUACUUUAUCAUUCCCCCAUGUUUAGGGUAAUGCAUUUGCUGUAAAUUGUUCCCUUAAAGCUUGGUGCAGUCUCUUUUGCCUGCAGAAGGAUUUUCAAUUUAUUUAGCACACAAUAAAAAACUAAACAAAACAAAAAACAAGAAAUAGAAGACUGAAGAGACAGGCAGCUGGUUCUAUGUGUCUUUUAGGUCUCACACUUCCUUUAUUUGACUGCCGACCAGCCCAUUGUUACACCUUGUUGCACAAACUUUCCUUCUUUUAACUGCUGCAGACCAUUUUUGUGUAACUGAGGCUCAUUUUUACAGUUUCUCCAAUAUGACUAACCUUCCUUAUUUUUUAUGUCUUACUAUGGAAUUAUAUAGGGACCAUUAGAAUUAUUUUAACCUUUAUAACCUCUAUAACAUUACUUUAUUAAAGGUUAUACAUAAAGGUUUACUUUGUGACCUAAAACAGCCAGGAUCACUGAUAUGUUCCCAUUUUUUGCAUUGUGUUCCUGCUUUUGGAGGACUUGAGUAUGUCCGCAGCGUUUGCAUUGCUCUGCACUUUGGCAUUUGAAGGUGACAUGGCCGUACAGGUGCGGACACAAGUAAUUGGAACACGAGCUGUGGCCAUACUGCAUCCCAGUAACCUUUGAAUUGAAUUCUUGAAUUGAAUUCUUUGAAUUGAAAAACCUGGAAUUUUUCUGUUGUGCAAUAUGGUGCAGUGCUGUCAUAUAUGGCAGGAAACAUUGUCUUUAUUCAUGAGUUGGGGUAACCAGACAUGUACCAAAUUCAAAAAAGCCACAUUUUGCUAAUUCCGCAUCAAGAAAAUUGCAUUGUGAGUCAACGAGUGAUGUUUGGAACCAAUUAUCGAUUGAAUGUUCUCUGCCAUAUCAGACUGUGCUGCACAAGACCUGUUGGCUAUGCCAUUUUGUCUGUGUGUUUGUGCGUGUAUGUGUGUCCGUGAAAAACAGAACUGAACCUAUAGCUGCUUUUGAUCAGCAUUCAGUGUAACACAUCAAAACGGGUGCUGCUUUUUGUUUCAUAUUUUAUUUAAUUUUUCCAUUGCACGUUAGAAAUGUACAGUGCUUAGCUAGUGGCGUAAUGAACUUGAUCAAACGAGUACAUUGUGCACAGUUGUCUUGGGAAGUGGCGGUAUGUACAUCACGCCAGGUUUUUACAAGCAAUACUGGUGCAAGCGCUCUCAGCAUACAGGGUGGGAGUUGCUGUACCAUUGCACAUGAAUGACACUGUGUGUGUACAUAUAUGGCUUUGUGACAGUGCUUAUGUGUGUGUACAUAAAAUUUUGAAUAAACAACAUAUUUGCUAGUA